GAAGCGUAAAAGUGGUUGAAAUUGUGGCGAUACACCUUGUUCAUUUUCAUAUUCUUGUUCCCUUUUACUCCGAGAUGACAAGGGUAUUUGUGUUGUGGGACAUGCGCAUUCUGCGUCUCUCUCCGCUGCGAGUCCAACCAGAGGACCCGCCGACAGCGCACUCCAGACACGCCCCCGCAUUCAUCAAGCGGACCGCGCCCACUCUCCGCCGCAGCCGGCUGCAGGACACACCUGUGACUGACGAUGAGCAGCAUAAAAGACCAGUGGACACAGGGAUCCGGGCGGGAACUUGGUUCCAAAUGCGUACCUGUCUUCAACCGUGUCCCCACUGAAUCCUUCGUCGCCCGCAAGAAUCCUCCGUCGCCCGCAAGGGAAGGGUCUGUGUCAAAGAGGAAAAGGAGAUGCCAGAGGGUCCGUGGCACCUGGUCUUCUUUUUUGAUGGAUCCUCCUUCACCAUCCUGAAGCUACACUCCUGUUUUUCAAGCAGAAGUUGUUCUUCACAGACGUGUGCAGGACACAAAAUGACAAACAUGCUUGAGAAAUGUCCAUAUUCAGUCAACGUCUGUGAAAAAUAUCGUUCACCUGGGCAGCAGGACGGGUCAACUAGUAUGGAGCAGAAAAGGUCACAGCACCUCUACGUGAAAGAAGAGGAGCCACAGCCUCCCCACUUUAAAGAUGAAGAAAAACAGGGACUGUCACCCCACUUCAUAGAGGAAGACAAGAGACACCUCAUUAGUGUGAAGAGUAAAGAUGUUGAGGUCAAAGGUGAGCGUAAACAGAAGAAGAGCUUCAGGAUGCGGACGGAGGAGCCACAGCCCUCCCACAUUAAGAAGGAAAAGGAAUAUCCACUGACUUUUCAUUUUAAAGAGGAAGCGGUGGAUCCACAGAGCCCUCACAUUAAGGAGGAAGAGGAGGAUCCACUGACCCCUCACAUUAAAGAGGAAGAGGAAGAACACAGCAUCAGUCUGCAGGUAGAGCAUCUUGAAAAACUGGAGCAGGUUGAUUUCACCAAGAUGCCAGUGACUGGUGUCCCUGUGAAGAGUGAAGGUGAUGAGGUCAAAGGUGUGAGUGAGGAGAAGAGAGAGGCGGAGCCUCCAAGCAGCAGCUCAACACAACACAUGACAACAGAAGCUGAUGGAGACCACUGUGGAGGAUCACAAGCAGACAAGCUCUUAGCUCCACUAUCAGAUAGUGAGGACACAACGUCACACUCUCCUGACACUGAUGAUGAAGACUCUAAAGAUGAUAAGACAUGUCACACUGACAACACUGACCUCAAGUGUUCUCUCUGUGGCAAAACUUUUAAAUCUCCUAGUAAAUUGAAAAGACACAUAAGAACACACACUGGAGAAAAACCUUUUUCAUGUUCAAUGUGCGGUAAAGAUUUUAGUCAUAGGCACAAUUUGAAAGAACACAUGAGAAUACACACUGGAGAAAACCCUUUUUCUUGUUCAAUCUGCGGUAAAAAUUUUACUCAAAGACAAAAUUUGAAACCACACAUGAGAACACACAAUGGAGAAAAACCUUUUUCAUGUUCAAUCUGUGGUAAAGAUUUUACCCGAAGGGACCAUUUCAAAACACACAUGAGAAUACACACUGGAGAAAAACCUUUUUCCUGCUCAGAAUGUGGUAAAAGUUUUGUAAUAAAUCGAAUGUUAAAAGUACACAUGAGAAUACCCACUGGUGAAAAACCUUUUUCCUGCUCAGAAUGCGGUAACGAUUUUAUUCUAAGGCCCCAUUUUAAAUCACACAUGAGAACGCACUCUGGUGAAAAACUAUACUCCUGCUCAAGCUGCAACAAAAGCUUUCAUUAUCUAAACAGUCUUAAAGUACACAUGAGAAGACACACAGGAGAGAAAGUGUUGAGUUGCAGUGUGUGUGGUGAAAGAUUCUCUUCUAAGUACCAGUGUAAGAAACACAAGUGUGCUGGUGAGAACAGCAGCAGCAAAUGAAGAUGCAGGAUUUGAAAUAAACUGUCAAGUCUUUAAUUUAGACUUUCUAACAACAUCAGCAAAUAUAACAUGUGUGACAUCAUUGUUGUUUGUGUUUGAUUCUAACAUUUAUAUAUUAGACACUUCAGAUUAGUGCUUUUAUUUCAGUCAAGUACAUGAGUUAAUAUAAACAUUUGUGUACUUUAAAAUGAACAGAACAAUUUGACUGAAAGGGUGAGAAUAAACAGUCCAUAAAAUAUGUUACAUACAAUAAACCUUUA